UGAUUUCAAGAAUUGAUCCCCUGACGGAGGGUCGUAAAAAUUACUGCAAGACAAACACAACCAUCGGUGGCUAGAUUUUUACGCGGGGUUUAUCUCCAGCUUGGGUGGAUCAUCUGCUUCGUUAAACUGAUUUUUUUUUGUGUGGUAUAAACGGUGGAAAAGGAAGCGAAAAAAAGGAGGAAAAAUCUUGGAUUUAUUAACAACCUCACUCAGUGCAAAUUUGUUCGCCAAACGGGAAUUCCUUGGAAAACGGUACGACCCAACGAGACCACGAGAGACCCCGGAAUCAGUUAAUUGGAUUAAAUCUUGUUAAUGAUGACGUGAACCACGGCGCAACCCAACUCAACGCAAGGAUGCGUUUGUUCAAAGCCAAAAAGCUCCCAGAUAUCGCCAGCGCAACUUCGGAACCUGCCAGCACUUCAGAACCCGCAGCAGCUUCCAGUGGCAACCCCCUGACCCGUAAUGACAUUAUCAUUGCGAGCAGCGCCCAAUCAGCCACGGCUGGACCACCCUCGCCGGCAGUGACAGUGCCAACCGACAACUCAUCAACGUCAACGCCACCGCCACGGGUGACAAUCUCAUCGACAACUGGCAACACUGCCGGUGGUGACAGCGGGAUGGCCAGCGCCACAACGCCACAUGCGAAUGAUAAAAUUUGCACAAUUAAUAACAAAACCGAGAAUAUUAGAUUAUCGUCGGAGAUGGCACGCAAUCAGGGGCUGGUGGGGGCGGGCUUCAACGGGCUGUCGGGCCAGCCGCAUCCGAUGCAUCAUCAACUGAAGCAGCAGCCCGGGAACAUCAACGGUACGGCAGCACUGGGACCGCUAAUUGGCAGGAACGGCAUCGGUCCUAUGCCCGGCUACAAAGUGGUCACCGCCGUUCCAGUCAUGGUGCUGGACGAAGACCAGCAGCAUAGCUCAACGCCAACGCCAGCACCAGUCCCACCUCCGCCCUCUUCAAUCGUGGCUGUUGCAUCCUCCAAAGAGAGCAAAAAUGUGUUUACAUGGGGUCGUAAGAUGGGCAAAAAAUUCGACCUGCUACGCCGCGGUAGUGACGCCCAGAAACUUCCUUCACCGACAUCAACAACCCCCACGACUCCGCCGUCCCCGAACGGCGGCACCACCGGCUGCGUACCAAUCUUCAACUCUGACACCAUCAAAAAGAGCAAAACCAUCCCGCUAAAAGCUUACCAAAGUUCGGAUCCCCUAGUUAAGCUAAACAGUGAGCGAAGUUCGGGAACGUUCAAGAACUUCUUCUAUCGCAUGGGCUCAACUGGGAUGCUGAACCACAAGUCGAACCAGCUCCAGAAGAAUCCUGCCCAGAGUCAGCAAAGUCAACCGGCCAAGCAGGAACAGUCCGUGCCAUCGCAGCUUGGGUUCAUGAACAAGAGCAAGAUGGACUCGAAUCACCAGACUCUGUACAGGAGCAGCUCGACGAGCCAGUUGAACUCGUGUUCUUACAUCAAGUGUGACGAUCCGACGGAGGGAAUCAAUCUUGCGAAUGGAAUCCACAAGAAUGCGGCUAGUAGUACAAAUUUGAACAUUGAUCAGUCUUCCCAGAAGCAAUCGCAAGCUACAAAGUCAUCCAGUUGUGACGACAUUGCUCGAGUAGCAACCCAGGAACAAUUAUCCAAGAAGAACCACUUUCCGUACGCUUUUCUACGGUCCAAGCUGUCCGUCCUUCCGGAAGAAAACGGCGGAUCCGUCAUCAACUACAACCGAAUCAAGGAGAAUCUCCUGCGCUCCGGCAACCGAGGAUCGGUGAUCAGUUUGCGAUCCGACCUGGACAACAUCUCAAUCACCGACUCCCAGCUCAACAUCUCCGACAACGGAGACGUGUUCCUUUCCGCCACCGAGUCCAAAUCCUUCACGGUCAGUGACAUCGGCGGAAUGUCCCGCAACAACUCGAUCAAAACCCUCACCGACGAUUCGCACAGCUUCGUCAGCAACUACCAAAGACUGAGCAGCUGUCUCAGCAGCAACGAGUCCGGCUACGACAGCGAUGGCCGCCACGCCGAAGACAAACUCGACCCGGAAGGAACCUCCUCUAUCCCACCAAAUCCCACCAACAACCAGUCCGUCCACCACGCUGCCGUCGACUCGUACGCGGACGCCAUCCGGAGCAAGGACCAGUCGUACAUGUUCGGCAGUCGGCGCCGGAUGUCCUCGUCCAGCUCGGUCUGCUCGAUGCAGAACCUGGACUGUGGACCGGGUGGUGGAAGUGGAAAUGGCAGUGCGGGCAGCUCGAUACGGCGCCGGUUUCGGCAGAUCAAGCUGGAAAAGUGUCACCAUGAUGAGGUGAUCGGUAUCGACCUGACGCCGCAGACGGUCACCAUGGACGAGGGUGACUGCUGCGAAACGCGCUUCCUGGUGACGGAGAUCGAUCCGGAGGGGAUCGCGUACAGGGACGGCCGCCUGCGGAUCGGCGACGAGAUUGUCAACGUAAACGGGCACCAUUUACGUGGCCUGCAAUCUCCCAGCACGGUACAGCGCAUCCUGUCGACGUUUGUCAACAACAUUGUAGACCUUGUCAUUGCGCAUGACGAGCUAACUACGUUCAGCGCCGACCUGCACCGCAAGAUCAAGAUCGACGGCUCCAAGCUGGGCGGCGGUCAAGGCCUUGACGGUCUUGACGGUGCAGGUUCGGGGACGCCACAACACCCGAGACUUCAGCAGCAGCAGACGACCCUCGUCAACUGUUCCACGCCGUCGGCUCGGAAGGGACCGUUUUGCCCGAUGACCCCGAUGUACUCACCGGUGGACUACGUGCCGGUGUACGCCAAUCGGAUCUCGAUCUCGAACACGAUCUGCGACGACGAAAAGUGGCAAAUGCUGAGCAAGCAGCGAAGCGAAGCCCUCGGCAAGAACCACGGCUACUCGCACAUUUUGGGCUCAAAGCGCGUCAUCAAGGACAGCGACGAAGACAUCGUGAUUGUUCCGCACCAGCAGCACCAACAGCAGCAGCAACCUCCGCCACCUCCCUCUACGGUACAAGCCAUGCCGAACGGUGCCCACAUGCUGUACCGACCCGUGUCCCAAUCGAACCUUAGUCGUCACUCAUCGAUCGCACAUCUGGCCACCGGAACCGGUACCAAUGGGGAUGACGAUGAGGAGACGGCCCUCUCCCGACCCAUCACCAUGGUUGAGGUCAUUUCGGAUACCAUCCGGCGGAACGUCCCCUUCGGCAGCAUCAGCAGUAGCAACCGUGGUGCCAACCCAGACUACCGGUCGAUCAAGAUCAAGAACCCGGAGGACGUCCCAAAGACAGUACAAAGAAUUCGGCUCAAGUCUUUCACCGAUUCAAAUGGGGCGGUGUCGGACGGGGGAAGUUCCGGGAUUGGGGAGGACAUAGUGGACGGAGGAGCUGGUGGUGGUGGGAAUCCGCUGCAGAGGUCAAAGACUGAGCAGAAUGUCUGCAGCAGUGGUGGCAGUCGGGAUGAGCUGCUGGACUGCUCGAUGGAUGGCACCAAGUACGAGUCCGGGGUGCGGAUUCUGAUCAACGAGGAAGGUUCGUCGUACAUUGAAGGCAUCCACACCAAGUGCACUUUCCUGACGGUGACGUACUACAAGGGCGCCGGCAUGAAGUCGCUCGGCUUCAGCAUCGUCGGCGGCCGGGACUCGCCCAAGGGCAACAUGGGCAUCUACGUGAAGACGGUCUUCCCGAGCGGGCAGGCCGCGCUCGACGGCAACCUGAUGGCCGGUGACGAGAUCAUCUCGAUCAACGACGUCGCCGUGCACGGGAUGAGCCACGCCGAAACGAUUGGCCUGUUCAAGAACAUCAAGGAGGGUCCGGUGGUGCUUAAGCUAACAAGGCGAAAAUAUCAACGCGCCAAAUCCGUGGACAACUUGCCCAACUGAGAUUUCAAGUGUCUUUCAACCCUGACACCGUCCAGCACUUUCGGCUAAAUCUGUCUGCCGCCGCCGCCGCCGUGCCAAAAAUGGAGAUUCUGCGCCGGGUGUCUGUUUUGAUUUGUUGACCCCCCCUCCCACACGCCCAAGACACACCACAAAAAUGAUUAUAUUUAAUUUUUCUGUCUCGUUUAUCGUUUUCGGAUGUGCUAUUUCCAGAUGGUGGCGCAAGCCUCCCCCACACAGAUACACACACACACACACCCGUGGCACACACGCAUCCUAUUCUAGUCACUUUCUUGUACUGAACAAAAAAAAAUGUAAAACAUUGAUUUUCUUAACAUGUUAGAUAAAUUGAUUUCGUGAAAGCUUGAUUAAGAGGUGUAGAUUAGCAGCUAAUUUCUUCUCGUUUACUUUAGGGAAUAAAGCAGUUUAGGUUAAGGCACACACACCCCCACACACACACGUUCACGACAAAAUCAAAGAUUAUUUUCGCAAGUUUGUACAAACUUUAUUAAGGUAAUUUAACGUUGCAAUAAACAGAGAAAAAGAUUUCACUUCA